CAUCAAUCCCAAAACUUUCAACGCACAGUGGCAGUCAGUAAGGAGUAUAACAGCUCUGGGGACAGUAUCUAUUAUCCUGACGGGGGCUCCUGAUGAGUGCUGCCCAGGUUGGGGACCAAUUAAGCAGCCUGUUAGGGGACUGAUGCACACUGAUUGAUGGACUCGCUGUCGCUCAGCAAGCACCUGCUGCUGCCUCUUUUUCUAGAUUUCUUCAAUUAUUUCCUUGCAGAGGCACACAUGAAGCCCUGCAAAAAGCCACUAUCAGUUACCAGCCAGGGAGCAAGAGAACAGCCUACUUGGAUAACAAUUAUGCAUUUGUUUAAUUUAAUAAAAGGAGAUCUGCAUAUUUAUCAAUGGGUGAAAGGUUUUACUGUGUUGCCAUAUACGAGCCCAAAUGGGAAUUCCACUGCACAUCCUGAAACAACAAGCCCACCUUGCCCACAGUAUACAGAAGACUGCACAGAACUGUCUUCGCAAUCAAAAUGGAGUGGUCAUUUUUCACGAUGCCCCAAGACUUACAGACAAUACUGCAUUAAAGGGAAGUGCCGCUUUGUUACUUCGGAAAAUAUGCCUGCAUGUAUAUGUGACUUUGGUUAUACUGGAGCAAGAUGUGAAUACUUGGACUUAUUUUACUUGAAAGGGGAUAGACGGCACUAUAUAGUGAUUGGGCUGAUUGUUGCUAUGAUGGCUCUCAUCAUACUUAUUGUUGGCAUAUGCAUCUGUACUCAUCAUUGGCAAAAAACUCAAAGGAGAAAAAGGAAAGAAAAAGAAAGUGAAGGACAGAAUAACGAUUCUGCAACCAAAAUGGAAGAAACUAAUUUUGUAUAGGUCACAAAGAAGAUACCUGCGGGCAGGUUUUAUGCUGCUGCUAUAGAGUAAAUGAUGAGAGCAAAUCCCCAUUGAAUCUUGCUGAAUGCUGUGUGUUGUACAGGCCAAUGGCUAUAAGUGAUUCUGUACUUUCAGAAUGAAAAAUGAAUGAGCUAUCAGAGAGCUUGUUUCAUUAAUGAGUGAUGCAGCUUCUUCCAGUCAUGUCUGUCUGUACAGUAUAUGUUUGUGUAUGUGUUUGUGUACAAGGCUUUUAAACACUACGGAUAGCCCACAAUUUGUAAAUUAUGUGCAUAGAAACAGUAUUAAUGAUGACAUUGGUAUACACCAGAUAUGAUAAAUAGAACAUUUUUCAGUUUAUAGGCAGAAGUCUUUAAAAGAAUGUUAUUGAAAAAACAGCCAAAACCCUGAACAUUGCAUGCUAUGUUUGUUACAAAUCUUCUUAGAGAAGCAAUACUUCACUUGCCAAAAUUAGAAUCUUAGAAUAUGUUGUUUGGAAACAGGUGGUGAGCAAUAAAUCUUGUAAUAGGCUCAUUAAUUAUUAAACUUUAGUUGAACAUGUGAGGAGUGCUUAUACAGCUGUAUAGCCAUUUACCCACUGCUAUUAAUUUGAAUCUUAAAAUGGCCACGCUGUAAUGCUCUUUAAGCUGAUUAAAACAAAGUGUUUCAUGUUCUCACAUUCACUUUCAUAAUGUUUUCGCAUUUUAAAUUUAUGGAAAACAUUAAAACACUUGUUAUUUGCAAUACUAGAUGGUGCUUAUUGGGCACUUGUGUGAUAACAUACACAACAUAACAUAGACCUGGUGCAAACUUUGCAUCUUUAAUUACAUACUCCUGAACCUUUGUAUUAAGCACAGGGCAAAACUGGAAGAACCUUUGUUUAAUUAGCAAAAACAUGUCUACAACAUAAUAUUUUAAAUUAAAAUGGUGGUACAACCCCUUUAAGCAAGGCAUGUCCAAAGAGGUAUAGAAUUUCUGCAUGCCACAUAGUUGCAUAUAUCAUAGAGAUAUAUUGGCAAAAUAGGUCCUUACAUUGCUUUUUUUAAUAGAACACUGCCAGAGUCUUUUAUUAGAAUACAAGUGUUUAGUAAUUUGUGGAAUGCAGUUGUCAUUUUUUUCAAAAUAUAUUUUUGACCUAUUGCAUUGCAACGGAAUGUCACCAGUUUGUGUUGACAAAUAGAGUUGUGAAAAAACCUGCAGUACCACAGUUGCUUCAUCUCAUUUCUUGUUCAUUGACUAUGGGAUGGAGAGGAAGGGAGCUGUGUUUCAUAUGCAACUUGAGGGAUAGUGCAUUGGCCUUUCCAUACUGCAGCCAUUUCUUCUGUGGCGAAAGACCUUUUGCUUUUUGCCCUUGGGGCUGGUUACACAAGUCUGAAACUGCCAGCACAAGAAACAUUCUCCUCUUAUAUGUAUGGGAAACCCGUUAUCCAGAAAGCUCUGAAUUACGGAAAAGCUGUUUCCCAUAGACUCCAUUUUAUCCAAAUAAUGAAAUUUUUCAAAAUAUUUCCUUUUUCUCAGUAAUAAAACAGUACCAUGUUCUUGAUCCAAACUAAGAUAUAAUCAAUCCUCGUUGGAAGCAAAACCAUCACUAUGGAUUUUCAUAAUUGUAUUCAUGAUUAAGGUAUAAAGAUCCAAAUUAUGAAAAGAUCCAUUAUCCAGAAAACCCAAGGACCCAUUCCUGUACUGCCAUUAGAAAAACACAAAGGAAAAUAUGAAGGUAUAGUGGCCCUUUAAGCUUCUCUUGAAAAUAAAUACAUAGGUGAUACUAUGCUUCUCUGCCUUAAAUGGGCUGUUCACCUUUAAAUGAAUGUUUAGUUUGAUUUAAAUAAUGGUAUUCUGAAAUUAAUUGAAAUUGGGUUUCAUUUUUUAUUAUUUGUGGUUUUUGAGUUAUCUAGCUUUUUAUUCAGCAGCUCUCAAGUUUGCAAUGCCAGCAUUAUGGUUGUUAGGGUCCAAAUUACCCUAGCAACCAAUUCAAAAAUUAUAAAAUUAUAAAAAUUAUAAAAAAGAAAAAGUGAAGGCCAAUUGAAAAGUUGCUUAGAAUUAGCCAUUCUAUAACAUCCUAAAUGUUAACUUACAGGUGAAUCACCCAUUUAAAACUAAUUCCUAUUCUCAUAUAAAUUUCCAGUCUCUCAUACUACAAGAAGGACAAGUCAUUUUAUUGUGCAUGUCGUGCAUGUCGUACUUGUCAUUGUUCAGAGUGUUUUAAAUAGACCAUUGCAGUCUUGGCUUGUUCAUACUAGGCUUUGUUUUCGAAACACCGAUAACUACAUAUUGUGUUUUUUUAUAAGCUACUGUAGUUCUUUAUACAUUUGUGUUUGGUUUAUAAUAAUUACAUAGAAACACAGUAUACGACAAUUAUUAUUGAAGAUUAAAUGUCCUGAACCUCCAUUUAGUUAUUGGCAAUCCAUAAUGAUUAUAACACAGAACUAAAAUUAGAGCAGACAUGGGGAGGCACAUUUAUCAAGGGUCGAAUUUCGACCCUUAAACUCCCACUUAGAAACUUAGAAAUUCAACUAAUCGAAAUGUAGUAAUAAAAUAGUAUUUUUCUAACUUGGACAAAUUUAAACAACCCGAAAAAUCAAAUCAUAUUUUAAUUUAAUCAAACUCGAUUCAAGUUUUAGGAGGCGAAUUGUUGAAUUCGAAUUCUGUAUGAAAAAUCUUGAAAAUCGAAUUAGAAAUUGGAGACAAACAUCAUCAGCGAUGUUACUAACCAAUCAGCAAUUAGAUUUAAACAGUCACCUAAAUGUUAGAAAACAAAAGUAAAGAUCUGAUUGGCCAAAUUUAUUCUCCCAUCACUACUUAUUGGUUGUUAUAAUAGUGCUCCUUUGUCUGUUCUCCAAAAUGUUGCCAUGCAAAUCAAGACAAGAGCACAUAUUUUAAGGGAUGCUCUCUUUUUUAAUCUUGUACACCCUACAGCCUGUCAAGUAGAAUUUCUUUCUGACAGUUGUUGCAUGGCAAAUAUUUCAUGUAGUUUACAGAUCAGAUUUCCAGAUCAGUUAUAUUAUUUUAAGAAAUAUACUACUACAUUUGAUUUGUAGGGGGAGAUCUGUCAACAUUCAACAAAUAUCCCCAUGUAGUUCUACUCAGAGGCCAUCUGUUAUCAACUGGUUUCAUCUGAUUUCAUUCUCGCUACGUGAAAUUGGAUCAAACUAGUAACACUAAUAUGCUAUGCUGUCUCAUGUGAGUUCUAACUAUGCAAUCCUGAUUAUACAGAACCAGUUUGAUCCAAUUAUAGUCUGUCUAGUCAAAAUGGAAACAAAUACCCAGAUGUUUAUGUGGUCUAAGAUUACUAUUUCCUAUGUUGUUAAAUGUGUAUUUCUGUAAGAUACUUUUGUAGAACAUAUUUUAAAAAUAUUUUAUUAAACAUUUUAUUUACAAAGAA